AUGAACUGGUGGUGGUUGUGCAUGCCAAGGCUUCCAUGGUCGGAACCCUCCAAACCUCCUCCCUUCUACGGCGUGAACACUAAAAUUCCGCUGUCUGUCGCCAUGGUGAUGGGCUUUCAGCAUGCUCUAGCGAUGAUUGGUGGGAUUAUUGCUGUUCCUCUCUUGCUCACAGGCCCUUACAACGCAAGGCUGACCUCUGCUGAGACUGAGUACCUCAUCUCGGCCGGUUUGCUUUCUUCCGGAAUCCUUUCGCUGAUCUCGGUGACAAGAUUCAAGGUAUUCAACACCGGCUACUUCCUUGGAACUGGUCUGAUCUCCGUACUUGGCACUUCCUUCACGUUUGUUCCUAUAGCGCAAGCAGCCAUGAAGUUCAUGAUGGAUUCAGACUCGGGCAUCGGUCAAGAGGCAUACGGUGCAUUCCUCGGAACUGCCGUUUUCUGCGCCUUCCUUGAGAUCGCCCUCAGCUUCCUGCCCAAGGAUCAGCUCCGAAGAUGCUUCCCUCCCAUCAUCACGGGGACCUGCGUGAUGCUCAUCGGGUUCGGGUUGACAGGAGAAGGCUUCAAGUACUGGGGAGGAGGAACUGAUGUACAGAUGUCGUUUCAGUUCUGCCAAGACAACGGGCAAGUGAAGCUUCCCUUCGGUUCGCCGCAGUACGUGACCCUGGGCUUCGCCGUGUUCCUCAGUCUCAUAAUGAUCGAGGUCUUCGGCUCUCCUUUCCUCCGCAACUGCGAGGUUGCCAUCGCUCUCCUCUUCGGUUUCUUCAUCUCAGCCGUCGCCACGUACAACAACGAUGGCACCAAGGAAUGGUUCGUAGUCAACGACAAGAUCUCGAGCGCGCCAGGCAUCACCUUCUUGUGGGUCAAGACCUUCCCCUUGACUGUGUAUCCCCCUGCGAUCCUUCCCUGCCUCAUCUGCUACAUCAUCACGACUGUUGAGACCAUCGGAGACAUCACCGCCUCUGCUGAGGCCUCCAAACUCGCCACCGUCGGGGAUGACUUUGACUCAAGGAUCCAGGGAGGAGUGCUGGCUGACGGGUUCUGUGCUAUGAUGGCCUGCCUUUUCACAACCCCUCCCAACACAACCUUCGCGCAGAACAACGGAGUUAUCGCCCUGACUCGAUGCGCCAACCGCCGAGCGGGCUACUGCUGCUGCUUCUUCCUCAUCCUCUUCGGCAUCAUCGCCAAGGUCGCUGCGGUCAUCGCGACCAUCCCCGACUGCGUGCUGGGAGGCAUGACUACCUUCCUCUUCGUCAACAUCGUGGUUUCAGGUGUCAACAUCCUCGGGCCGGCCAUCGCCGUUCGCAGGAACAGAUUCAUCGUAUGCGCCUCUCUCGCUGUCGGCAUCGGCGUCGCUCUCGCCCCCCAGUGGGCGACCAACGCUCUUGUUGCUCCCGGCAAGACCGCAACAGCUCAGCUCGCAAGCGACUCGCUCGUCAUCGUCCUCUCGACGCCCUACUGCAUCGGGACUAUUACAGCACUGUUGCUUCACCUGCUGAUUCCCAACGACAAGGAGGAUGAGACUAACGUUGUUAGAAACGACGACAUGGUGAAGGAAAAGGCCUCAGAGCUUUCCUUUGCACACUUCAUCCCCACAGACUCCUCAGUGUAUCAGGGGUCAGACCACACCAUGGCUUCUCAACAAGGCAUGAACGCUCCUGUUGUUGGAGAGCAACAGGUCUAUCCGGUACGACACCCUCAUAACUUUACAGUUCUUGUUGUUUUCUUGACGCUGACGCCAGUCAUAUGA